AUGGGCCGCGUGCCGUGGGCGUCGUUGGGCCUGGCGGCGGCGGGGCUGACGCUGGCCGUGGAAGCGCUGUGCCUGGCGCUGAGGCGCUGGCGGGGGCGGCGGGGGAGGAGCCCAGGGGCCGGGGCCCGGGCCGGGGCCCCCCUGCGGCGGGGGGUGCUCUUCUUCCCCUCCCAAGUGACCUGCACCGAGGCCCUGCUAAGGGCACCCGGGGCGGCGCCGCCCCCCGACGGUCCGUGCCGGUGCCCGUGCCGCCUGCCCCACGGCGACAGCGCGCUGAGCCGCCUGCUGCGGGCCGUGCUGUCGGCGCGGUCCAGCCUGGAGCUGUGCCUGUUCGCCUUCUCCAGCCCGCAGCUGGGCCGCGCCGUGCAGCUGCUCCACCAGCGGGGCGUCCGCGUCCGCGUCGUCACCGACUGCGACUACAUGGCCCUCAACGGAUCCCAGAUCGGCAGGCUGAGGAAAGCCGGCAUCCAGGUUCGGCAUGAUCAAGACGUUGGCUACAUGCAUCACAAGUUUGCGGUAAUUGAUAAGAAGCUGCUGAUCACGGGUUCCCUCAACUGGACCACACAGGCCAUUCAGAACAAUCGAGAGAAUGUUUUGAUUUUGGAGGAUGAAGAGUACGUGAAGCCCUUCCUGGAAGAAUUUGAAAGGAUCUGGGAGGAGUACAACCCAGCAAAUUACACGUUUUUCUCCCAAGAAAAGUCAAGGGAAACAGCUCAGAGACAACCUAGAGGUAGCAAAGAGGCGCCCGGAUUUUGACCGGUAUCCAAAUAGUGUGUUAAGUUUUCUCUUUCAAGGCAAAAUGUUCUCUUAUGGCCUCCCUCUUUAAGAGUUAAUGGGGAGAGAAAGAACAUCUUCUGUUUUUCUCUUCUCUCCUCCUAUCACCUCCUGUAAUCUCCCUUCUUCCUGCUUAACUUGGCCCUGCCAGAUUGUCCUCAUUUUUUUUUUUUUUUUGGGCAGAGGGGGAAGGGUAAUGGACAUAACCCAUACUAAGUACUCUUUAUUUAGCUAGAAUUUAUUGGAGAAAUUGCCUCACUUGAAAACAGUGCCUGCCUGAGCCCUCAACUCCAGCCAAAAUAUAGGCAACUGACAAAGGUUGGAUAGUUUUAAAAGUGGCACAACCCUUAAUUUAAAGCUGGACCAUGUGAUGUACUGCUUGUGUGUGCGUGCACACUUGUCUCUAGCCUCUUCUUUGGCCCUGACCAAUUUUUUUUUUCCAUAACUCUGGGUCCAUGAUCGUUCGCAUAGGUGGUCAAGCGCGCCCCAAGUCGAUUUGCUAGGGAGGAUUAGUAGAAAGGAAAAAUGAAAUGGCCGGGUUUUGAAUCCCUGUGGGGAAGAGGGACUUCUACACCCCACCUCCAUCCUUCUAUCCUUUUAGUCAGAGAACAAUACCUGCCUUGUGUUUUUGAAAAAUCAUUCCCAUUCCUACCUUUUUGGAAACUGCCACAAGCAUUCUUCAGUUGUCUUUGCCUGGAUGGCAUAGUUUAAAGGUUAAACAUCUUGAAUAAGUUUUCUGCAUUUUUUCAACAAUGCAUGACAGUGUUCCAAGUUAUUUUUCUCCCCAUGUACAUGUUUAUCUUAUUUCAUUAUAGAUUGAAGAACAAUCUAAAACAGUCCUUUUCACCUUGCUGGGACUAAAGUGCUAAACGUAGGGGUUUACCCCUAGGUACUCCUAAUGGCCAUUUUGAAAUAUUCAGUAUUUGGGGGUUGAGGUGGCCAUCUCAUUUGAGUGAUAGCUCCAGUCAAUCUAAUUGUUGUCAGGUAGAACUACCUGCUGUCUUUUCAUUUAUCUUGUCCUGGUCAUUGACUGGUAAAGUGCAUAUUAGGCACUAAAUUCUUCUAAAGUAGUUCUUGGUGCCACCACCACAUCAAAUUAAGGCUACAAUUGGAAGAACCUGUUUUGAUGAGAUUGUAUAUGGAGGAGGAAAAAAAAAAUCACUUUGUUUCUCCUUGAGUAAGUUUAGUCUGUGUUCCUUCAGAUAUGUAUGUUCGGAAAGGAAAAUGUUAGAAGGCUGAGGGUGUCCCCCUAAAGAGACAAAAGGGAUUAUUGCCUAAGUAUAGCCCGUCAGAGCUGUAGAAAGGCCUAUCUGCUCUUGAGGCAUCAGAAACAGUGGAGUCUUGCUAAAUACUCCAGUUUGGUCGUGAAUCUUCCCAUUAACCCCGCACAGAUACGUUUGUCAAACAGUGUAUUAGUUGAGUUGCCCUCACUGCCAAAAUAAGAUUAAACUACCGCUCUGAAAUAGCCCCUUUAAAAUCAAUUCAGGGAAUUAACUUAUUUUCCAAAGUUUUGGCAUAGAGGUAGGCAGUGGGAAGUGGAAACCAGUCCCUAGGAGGGCCCGGUGUAACUAACUAGUCGAGGCAGGUGAGAUUAGGGAGGGAAAUGAGCAAGACGGAGGGAUGAACGCUCGCUCCCUCUUGACUGUGUCCAUGGGCAGAUAUGAGAUAUGAAGAACAUCCAUUACAAGCAUUCGUAAUCUAACUAGAAUCCUCCAGAGGGGUCAUACUAAUGAUUAUAGGGAAAUAAUCCUAGCCUACUUCUGUGAAAGUUAAAUGUAAAGGGCUGUCUAUUCAGAGGUUAAGAAAGUACCAAUUAAAGCGUGCUUAGCCAGUGGCCCCACGCAUAGAAUUUGAAAAUUCCCGAAACGAAGGGAUUCACAACUCUAAUUCAACACGACUCAAAGACCAAGUAUCAAAUAGCUUUAUAGUCCUGACAGCAUGGUAGUAGUGCUUGUGUUCACACCUCCUGUGCAAGAGUAGACUUGGAAGUAUUGACUGUGAAUUUAAGCAGCUGGCCAAGGGUCCGUCAGGGUUUGGUGCAAGCGGGAUCAACCCAGAACAACUCCCUCCGUCUCCAGGUGCGUAAUUCUUUGUAGUCGGACAAAGUUAAUGAAAGCAAGAGAGAAAAACACAAGUGCAAACGCGUCUUCACCCUCAGUUAUGACACCUGGUGCUUGUUUGGGCUGUACCCAGAUGAACUUCAGUUUUCGUUGUUUAAACCCAUCCUUAAAAUGAGAGCAAGCGCGCUCCGUUCCAGUCUCUGAAACCGAGUAGUAGGAAAGUAAGCCUAACAAGGUCGGGCCGAGUUGAGCUCUUCUAGAGUAAAACCUCUUCAACUUCAGUUGGCUAUUUGACACUUUGACAAAUGUGCCGAUUACUUUUCUUUAAAUAGCCUCGAAGUUCCUCCUUGUAAGUAAAUAAAUCGAUUAUUCAGUACUCAGUUGCCAUUCUGGCCCCCUACAAUUGUGUUCACUCUGCCAAGUCCCUCCCAUUAACAUUACACAGCAUGCGAAAGGGUGGUGCAAAAAUAGUUUAUUACGAUAUAGUUUAUGUAAAGUUAGGUAAUAUUUACAAAAUAAAAAUGAUCAGCUACAUCCAUGGGAAUCUAGCAUGUCACACAAGGUUUGAAGGAAUAAAUAGUGACAAAGUGACACUUCAAUUACAGUGAACAAUUGAUCAGGAACAAUGGCUAAAAAAACAGUCCCGCAAAAGUUAAACCGAGAAGGUUCGGACUGAAUUAAGUUGAAAGGAGUGAGGGGGGGAGGGAAGGAGGGAGAGAAUUUUGUAGUAAGUUAGUAUCCCCUUGCAAAAGGACAUGGAGGGGCCACAAACCAGGAAGGUUAAAAAGCUUAUUAUGGGAGCUUUGCCUUAUGCCUUCCGUUUACAUUUGCAGCUGGUUAGGUUUUAUUGUCAGGCUCCGUACUUGUUCUUUCCCCUGGUCCCUCCCUCUCUUGUGCUGUUGUAGCCUUGUGCACAAACUACUCAGUUCCAGUGCAACAAUAUUGUUAAUUGCAUACAUACAGGCACCUGUAAGUUUGUUCUUUCGGUGUUAAAUUAUUCGCGCAGGAAAGUGGUUAGUAUGGACGCGUAAUGUUCUCUUUAAUGAGUCGCCUAAUAGUUUCUCUCCCAUGUAGUAAAGCACUGGUCAUUAAUACUUCAAUUAAGACACCCCCAUUGAUAACUGCAAGUAAUGUACAAGCAAAGGAUUGGUUCAAGGGAAAUGAAUCUGUAAAAGGAGAAAAACAAAUCUAAAUGUUACUCAUUGCCCUUUUAACAAUUGUUUUUACAACCGUACGAUUUUCUCCUAGCGCAAAACUUCUGGUCUUGGAACUACUCUGAGCUUCUUUCUCCAAGGUGGAGGUGAAUUCCCAAAUCUCUCUUUCCUCUGACUAUUGAAUAUAUCAGAACCAGUCGCUCCACUGGCGCAGUAGAAAGUUAGUAAAUGAGUUAGGGGGUGGGCAGGAGGGAGGUUUCCGAGCAGAUAACCUCCGGAAUGGAUGCUUAACAGUUAGUCGAGUGUACAUAGUAAUAGUCUCCGGGAUCACAGUCCGCUACCGCCCUCCCCAACUUCAUUCCUCUAAUGAUCCCAAAGUAAAGGUGAGGGGCAGAGUUAAGUGACUAUAGCAGAGAACUAGACAUUUGCUUUUCGGCUGCACGGUGCUAUUUAAUGUACUUCCAAAUCAGCCCCUAAUGUUUCGUUAUCCGAAUCUCACCAGCAUUUUGUACUGUAUCUCAGUAGCUUCUACGUUCUAUUAUUAUGCUUCUAGAGUGUAUUUCGGCACCUUUCGUUUUACUGUACAAAAUAAAAAUGGGAAGAGACUUAUGGUUUAAUUAUCUACUUAGCCCUAGGGAAUCACUUCGGUUGCUGGUGCCCAAGGGUCAUCAUUUAUAUGCCAAAUAAAAAACCUGAACGUCUCAAGUCACGUAAGCUUGAGUCAUAAUGGAGUUAACGUAGCACAUUCUCUCCCCUCCGCCCUGGGGAAUAAAUGCCACCUUCUAAAUACAGUGCUACUUACCCUUGUGUCAAAAGGUUUAGUUUUCAGGCCCUAACCACUUUUGGACCAGUAUUUUCAAAACCGAACAUGUGUCAGUUAAGGAUGCCAAGAGGUUUUAUAACGGUCAUCAGAAACAUUCCAUUAGGAUGCUGCACAUCCACAUCUUUUCCUUUGGCCUUAAAGAGGAAUGUCGGGACUAGAGGAGUUUAAGAAGAAAAAACAUCCCCCAAACACGUAGCCUUAAGUCACAAACUUCCCUCUGCUAACUUCUGAGUAAUAACUAUUUACAUUGUGUGUUUCGAGUACUAUACAGUUUUUAAAUUCAAGGAGAAUAAACCGCGCUUUUUCAAAAGGGAAGCACAAGCAUCACGAAGUGUACAUGAGCUUUUAAGAGUUCACAGACUAGGUACUUGUAUACGAGCCACGGGAGUAGCCUAGGUCUAGUGGAAUUCCAAUCAAGUACUGUUUAAGCCGCAACAAAUUUCAAAAUGUUUAAUGCUGUGACUCCCUACCUACCAAAAAGUUCUCAUUCCUGCUUCAUUCGAGUUCUGCGGGGACAAAAGGAGUACACUCGGGAAAAGUUCACGACAUUGUUGCCAAAACAAAAGCGACAGGUUAGCAUCCCCUAUGAACUUUGAAGCAACGGCACGUGUUUAUAUUCUGAAUUUAUGUACUGAAUUUGAUGACGUCUUCCUGUCAAAACAGCCUAACAUUUGGUUCUGUUCAACCUCACAGUCUGGUUCUUUUCUUUUUAAAGCUU